AUGGCAAGGAUGUCAACAGAUCCUCUAAUUGUUGGGAGAGUGAUAGGAGAUGUUCUUGAUUCUUUCACCCCAACCAUUAAAAUGACGGUCACUUACAAGAAGAAGCAAGUCUACAAUGGGCACGAACUCUUCCCUUCCACAGUUACCACAAGGCCAAAGGUUGAGAUUGGUGGUGACAUGAGGUCCUUCUUUACACUGAUUAUGACAGACCCGGAUGUUCCUGGCCCAAGUGAUCCUUAUCUGAGAGAGCACUUACACUGGAUGGUGACAGACAUUCCGGGCACCACAAACGCCUUAUUUGGCAAUGUGGUAGCAAGCUAUGAAACACCAAAGCCUAACAUAGGGAUACACAGGUUUGUGUUUGUCCUGUUCAAGCAGAAACGUAGGCAAAGUGUUACUCCACCUUCUUCAAGGGAUCACUUCAAUACUUGCAAAUUUUCAGCUGAGAAUGAACUUGGCCUCCCUGUUGCUGCUGUCUACUUCAAUGCUCAGAGGGAAACGGCUCCAAGAAGACGCUAG